AUGAAUUAAGUUAUAAUUAUUGAGAACCAAAAAAUUAAACAUGGUCAAGCUGAAAUGCAUCUUUAUAUUCUUUAAAUUGAAUAAGCUUUGAAUAAGAUGGAGCUAAAUAAAGUAAUAGAAAAAUGUCAAAUAAAAACAUUAUUUCUUUUAGAGGGUUAAAAAGAUGAAUUAGAGAGUUUGAAGGAAAUCACAAAAUCUUUUGGAAAUUAAGAUUUUGAAAAAUAAAUGGAAGAAAUAUUUGUAAUAAAUUUUUAUUAUGAUGUUAGUAUGAAAUAUAUUAAGAGAAAAAGAAUGUAGGAUUAAUAAUUACAAAAUAGAAUUAAAAAAAAGAACUUUACAAUCUUUAUUAUACAUAUAUGAUUAUGAAAGAGAAUAAAAAUGAAUAAUGGAUUAAUUAAUAAGUAAUAAAUUUAUCAAAAUAGUUUAGAAAUAUUUUUUGAAUCUUCCAAAAAAGGAUUAGUAAGAAUAUUAUGAAUUGAUAGAAAAGAAUCCAAAAUAAUUUUUUGAAACUGAAUGUAUAAAUACAGGAUAUUUGUUCAGAAACGACAACCAAAAUGAGGUUAUUAGUCAUAUAAUAGAAUAAUAAAAACCAUAAGAAAGCGAAAGAAAUUUUUUGAUAAUGUAAUAAAUAUAAUCAGACUUAAACAUUAAUAAUUAAUAAUAAAUGAAUUAGUAGAUUUUACCAUUUUUGUAGUAGUAGUUUAAACCAUUAUUGUUAGAAACAAAUAGAAUCUAAGCAAAUGAAUAAAAUUAAUAGAAAAUUUAAACUGAAAAUGAGAUAAAUGAAACAAAGAAUUCUGAUUGUUCUAAAUUUGGAAAUUGUUAAGAUUCAAAAUAGGAUUAAGCUCAAUAAAGAUAAAACAAUCCCAUACAGCCAAUAUUUUUGGAUAUUGAACCACCUAUUUCAGAAAUAGAGGGACUGAAAUUGCCUCCACCAAUAGAGUUUAUACCUUUUUCAAAAAAAUAUGGGAUAAAAUGUUUUAAAUGA